AUGGUGAAAUCGAUUGACAUCGCGAAAGUUGCCUUUUUAUUGGUAUUAUUUGUAUCAACAACUAGAGCUCAGUCAAUUUUCGAUGUGACGAAAGAUGGCGCAAAAGCCAAUGGACCAGAUAUCAAUGCGGCUUUAAUGAGUACAUGGAAAAAAGCAUGUGCAUCUGCUACGCCAAGCAAAGUGUUGAUUCCAAAAGGGAUAUUCUCAUUAAGUCCAGUGACCUUAGAAGGUCCCUGCAAGGCUCCUAUUGAGGUUCAAGUUCAAGGCACCCUCAAGGCCCUAUCGGGCGCUGGCAAAACGACAGAGGAUGGCGGUUGGGUUACUUUCCAACACAUUGAAGGCUUCACAUUGUCGGGUGGUGGAAUUUUCGAUGGCCAAGGAGGCUCGUCUUGGGGAGCCUGUGGCAAUGAUUAUUGCAAGCAGCUUCCCAUUAAUAUGAGGUUCGACUUCAUUACUAACGGGUUGGUCCAAGAUGUAACUUCCCUAAAUAGCAAACAAUUUCAUGUUAACGUCCUAGGUUGCAAGAACUUCAGUUUUCGUCGCUUUACCGUCACCGCGCCCGGAGAUAGCAAAAACACCGAUGGCAUCCACAUCGGAAGAUCUAGUGGAAUUGAAAUUAUAGAUUCAAAAAUUGGAACAGGUGAUGAUUGCAUUUCCAUCGGUGGUGGAGCUCAAAAUGUAUCAAUUACCAAAGUUAUAUGCGGACCUGGCCAUGGCAUCAGCGUUGGAAGUCUAGGACAGUAUGAAGAAGAAGAACCUGUAAUCGGAAUCACUGUCAAGGGUUGUACUCUCACUAAUACCGACAAUGGUAUGAGAAUCAAAACUUGGCCAGCUUCUUAUGCAGCCUCUGCAUCCAACAUGCAUUUCGAGGAUGUUACUAUGGUUAAUGUCAGCGAUCCUAUCAUCAUUGAUCAAUCCUACUGCCCACACAAUGAUUGCAAUGCAAAGCUUCCAUCGCGCGUAAAGAUCAACAACGUUAGCUUCAAGAACAUUCGGGGCACUUCUACAACUCCAGUUGCUGUAAAGCUUGACUGUAGUAGUGGUUCACCAUGCCAGGGUGUGGAGCUUGACAAUAUUGACCUUAAAUACAUUGGAAAGGAAGGAUCUAUUACAUCAGAAUGUAGUAAUGUUAGACCUAAGACGAUCGGCGUACAAAGCGCGCUAGCAUGUGGCAGCCCAACCGCGGCCCAUACAGAUAUGCAAGGUCCAAAAUGCAAAGUUUCUAGGGGAAAAGGGAGCAGAGGCAGAAGUUUUACUUUGUCCGUGUUAAAUGAUGAAUUGGCCUCAGAAGCCAUUGAAAAUUUUCCAUCAGAUUCUCGGCAACCAAACACUGCUUUUGUUCAAGAAAAGCUUCACACACCUUCUACACAAGAUGAUGAGACCAUUGCGCAUCCUCAUUUCACCUCUGGUUCCACUUCCUCCACUACUGCCGUAACUUCUUUGUCUCCAACAACCUUACCACCGAUUACCAUCAAGCUUCAUCAAAAAAAUUAUGUGUAUUGGCGAUCACAAGUACUGUCCGCUGUUCGAGAAUUUGAUUUUGAGCAUUUUCUGACUAGAUCUCGAUCUCCACCACUAGAAAUUAUAACCUUUGGUACUACUUCUAAAGCCUUCACUUGUGUUAAUCCUGCCUUUGCUGCCUGGUGUCGUCUUGAUCAGUUGAUAGUAAAUUGGCUACUUGCCUCUGUUUCUGAAAAUAUGAUGCGGCAUGUGAUAAAAUGCUCUAAUGCAUCUGAGAUCUGGUCCAACUUAGAUAAACUGAAUUUAACUCAAGCAAAGUCUUAG